AUGAAUAGUUUCAGUAUUUUAAAUGUUAACAAAAAUUCAAGGAAUGAAACUAAUGUAGGAAAAAAAUGGACUGUAAUAACAUCACUAUUGCCUACAUUGGGAAAAUCCUGUCGUAAAUAUGCAAGCUUAAAUAUAUUUACCGUUUUUAUUAGUUUAAACUUAUUAUACUUUUUAUUUUCAAAUUAUUAUUCACCUUAUUGGAAUGUGAAGGACCAUGUAAAAAGCCCAAACAGUAGAAACGUAUUUCAAAGUGAUAUAGAAUUAAGACAUAGAAGAAUAGUGGCUGAACAAAGUAGUUCUCUUAGACCUUGGGAAAGGGAUUUCCAAAUAGUAAAAGAUAUAAACGACAAAAAACUUAAAAGGCAUAAUUCACCAUACUUGAAGGAAUACAAUGAUUUAAACAUGAUAAAUCAAAUAAGUGCAAACUCUUCUACAAAAUGGAAAACUGUAUUAAAAGAAAUGAGAGAACAUUAUGAUGAAUGUACGCGUAAUAUGGACGACAAAUGGAAAAAUUAUAUUUGGUAUAAUGUAUGGGCAAAACUUUAUUUACAAAAAGCACAUGAUGCUAUAAAUAAAACAUUAGCAGAUUUAAAUAAUUCUUAUGUAUAUAAGGAAAAAGCUAUUAAUACUUGGUUCCAGAAUACUAAAGAAGACAUGGAUCUUUUUAUAUCGCACAUUAAGAGUUGCUUAAAGAAUAAGCAUAAUAAUGAUGAAAAAAAAAAAAUAAAUCUGGAUAAUAUUAAAAUCCCAACAUUACGAAAGUAA